UUGAAUUUUGCAUCAGUCAACCCUAUCAUUCUAUAUCAUCAUGGCUUGUUCUCGUCUCAUAACGCAGUGUCGCGUUAAGUGAUAAUCGCGAUGGACGAGCAAGAUAAAAUAUAAAAAAUUGUAAGCCAUGGUGAUGACAAGGGUUCACCUGGAAAGCAGGUCGUCGAGUUGCUUGAGGAAAUACCGUUUGUUCUUUGGACUUGGCAUAGUGCUACUCUGCGCUCAGAUUUACCUGGCUUACACUUUCCUUGCUUUCGAGAAUCAAGGCUUGCAAACACCCGGCAACAAACCCUUUCUCGACGAGAAUGAUGUAUCUCGAGAAGAAGAUGAUGGGCUGCCAAAAGGAACUCGUCAGCUUAAAUUGCCUCCUGACAAACAAGGCAGCUCUAACAAAGCUCUCAAUCACAAUCGUACUACUAGAGUUAAGCUUGACCGUAAAUCUUUGAAUUUUGAACCAGCUUGUGAAGUGUCUGGUAGGGAAGCAGUGAGUGCUAUAACUAGAGCACAAAGUCAAAUGUGCAAGGAGCGCAUUGUCAAUGUGACGUGCCUUAGCCAGCAGAAUCUGUUGUAUCCUACAAAAUUGCAGUCUUCCUGUCCACAUUCACUGGGCUUUGAUGGUACACCCAAGAGUUUGGGCUGCUUCAAAGAUGACAAAAUGUCCAGAUUAUUACCCAACUACUAUGCUGUUCUCAAGACAAAUAACUCACCAGAGCACUGUGCCUACAUGUGCUUGCAAUCUGGCUUUCCUUAUGCAGGUGUUGAAUACUCGUAUGAAUGUUUUUGUGGUAGGGAAAAACCUUUGAAAACAAAUCAAUUACCAGACUCUAGUUGUAAUAUGAAGUGUCCUGGAGAUGCCAAGCAAAUUUGUGGUGGAUACCUUACAUUAAACGUUUUUUUUAUUGGCAUCAAAAGAUUCAAGCCGCAAGAAGCAAGAAAUUCUAGUUUAAAAAGUACUGAUGAAAGCCCAGUAAAAAUAGCGUAUUUGCUGACUGUCAAUGGAAGAGGUAGUCGACAAGUCAGACGUCUUAUUAAUAUUCUUUAUGAUCCUUCUCAUUUAUUUUAUAUACACGUAGAUGCACGACAAGACUACAUGUACCGUGAGAUGUUAGAAUUAGAGCGAAAAUGCAAAAGGAAAAAUAUAAUAGUGGCGAAGGGUCCAGAGCUGCGACAUGCAAGCAUUUGGGGUGGCGCGAGCUUACUCACAACGUUCCUUACCUCGGCACGACAGAUGCUGUUAUACUCAAAAGACUGGGAUUUUCUCGUUAAUCUUUCUGAGUCUGAUUAUCCAAUUAAAACUAACGAGCGUGUUGUAGAAUUUCUUACCUGGAAUAGGGGUAUGAAUUUCGUUAAGUCGCACGGACGAGAAGUUCAAAGAUUUUUGACUAAACAGGGUUUAGACAAAACUUUCGUAGAAUGUGAAGCUCGAAUGUGGCGAGUAGGCGAUCGUAAGUUACCCAAUGGUAUUCAGAUUGAUGGUGGUAGCGAUUGGGUAGCGUUAUCGCGUGAUUUUGUAGAGUACGUCUCGCAAUCAGAACCAGAUCCACUAAUUGCUGGCCUCCUAGAAAUUUUUCGCUACACAUUACUACCAGCCGAGUCGUUUUUCCAUACGGCAUUGAGAAACUCACGAUUUUGCGACACCUACAUCGACAACAAUUUGCAUGUAACCAAUUGGAAGCGGAAACUUGGCUGCAAGUGCCAGUACAAGGCUGUGGUUGAUUGGUGUGGUUGCAGUCCAAAUGAUUUUAAAUUGGAAGAUUUUGGGCGAAUCAAGGGCACAGCUGAAAAGAAUUUAUUCUAUGCAAGAAAAUUUGAGCCGGUGAUUGAUCAGAGAAUUAUCGACAGAGUUGAGCAAUGGUUGUAUCCGGAAAAACUGAAUACUACUGCCGCAUUAACUGGAGCUGGCUACGACGUAUAUUGGCAGAGUAUUUAUCAUCAAGACGUUACCAGUCCACCUUCUGAUGAUGCUUUGUUAACAGUUGGUGACUCGCUGUCACGUCUCAUCUAUCUACACUUUGGUCAUUCCGAUAACAGAAUUGAUCCUACAGAAGUUCAUCUGGUUGAGAUCAGUGCCUAUUUUCGAGAAAAUCGCUUCAAGGGUAUUCUCGUACGUGCGGCUAUUGAGAAAUUUGCACUGGAAUCGUCAACUUACAUGCAAUCAAACGUACCCCAGCAAAUUGAAGUUUUGAUCGAGCAGAAAAAGAAUUUGGUAACGAACAAACCAUGGAGCACGAAAACUUUGAGUCUGACGGUGAAUACAGAUUACGAUCAGAAAGAACAAAUGUUUAGAAAUUUUCUUGGAAGUAUCGGUCCUCUGUCGAAUCCAGUCUUGUCUUACGAGUUUGACGCGGGUUCGAUAAUGCCGCAGAACAUGACAAUUCUAUGGCUCGAUCCAAUGGAUAGAGUGGCUGAAAUUAACUAUCUUAAUGAAGAAUCUAUGUCUAAUGGACACGUAAAAUCACAGCUGAACGAACCACUAGCCAUUGGAAUUUGGCGUGUGUUCGUGGUUCUUGAUUUCAAAGUCUGUGCUUACUUGGAAUUUCUUGUGACGCCAUUGGCUUAUUGGAAAAAUAUGCCGAUCAUACGAGAAAAGGCGGCUGAAGUUAACAGGGGACCGAUAAAUGAUUAUCAUGUAUCUAGUGGUGUGGCUCAUAAAUGGCUCGAGGUGCUGAAGCCGUAUGUGCAUCCAAAAGAUCCUAGUGAAUUUGAUACCAAGCAAAUACGAGUUGGUAGACAAUUGGAAGCUUGGAUAGAUAGUUUAGUGGAUAACCAAUACGAGAUAAUGAGAAUAUGUGAUGCAACAGAGGAGAGACCUUCGCGCAAAUCAAAGAGCCAUUCAGGAUUGACAUUGCCGCGUUGCGCCAAUACUGACUGGAGUUCGCUCAGUCCCGAUCCCAAGUCUGACGUUCGUAGCUUGUGUCAGAGCUGAGAACAAUAACAAUAAUUAGCUUUUUUCCUUGAUUGUUCACGUAGGACUACUUACCACAUAGUCAUACAAUUAAAUUCAAUUAUUCCGAGUGAUCGUCAGCUGUAUAUGUUAUAGCAUAUCAUAUGUAAAUUAAGGUUCAUCAGAUCGAACAAUUUUUUUAGACUUCUCAGUAUUCAUGCGUGUGUGAUUAAGAUACACAGGGUUCGUCAUAAGCACAGAUCUUUUUGAAAGUAUUUCAGGAAUUUAUGAUUCCUCUUUUCAUUAUGUGAGUUAUCACAAUUACGAUGCAUAGAUGAACACUGAAACUGUAUUAAUUUCAGUUUGCUUGGUUUUUUGGGAAGCAAUAAUGAUUAGAAAGACUUGUUAAAAAUCAAAGUUUGUGCGCGUUCGAGUUAAAAUAUCAAAUUUUUUAUUCUCACUCAAUUUCAAUGUCGAAGGUAAUUGUAGAUAAUUGAUCAAAAAUUUUAAUAUCAAAAAACAAAACAUACAUCAUCCUUCAUAUAUAAUCUAAGAAUUUAUCCAUGUUGGGUUUGAACGAUAAGCAAUCCAACAUAUUAAAUAGAAUAAAGCUAUAGAAAAUAUUUCAAAUAAGUUUUCCAAUUGAGAGUAAUAGCUACAUACUCAUUAAAUAUACACAUGAAAGAUCAAUGAUACUUAAAGAUAUACAUGUGUUCCAGCAAACUAAUUUUAUGUUUGAUACUAUUAACUAUAAAUGUGAAGUUUUUGUGAAUAAGUCAAUGUCGAUUUUGUUAGUUGUCAAUUGUUAUUUCAUGUCCUUGACGAAAAUUAUUAUGAAACCUGCACAAAUAGAAUAUCAAUCAUCAAUAAUUUAAAAAUUGACAAACUUCAGUUUGUUAGUGACUGAAUAAUGGCUAAAAAUAUGAGAUGAUCUCUGACAAUAAUCGUUACGUUAAAGCACGAUGGUUCAUCUAGAUAGUUUUUGAAAGAUAUAUUAAAGAAAAAAUUGAUUAAAACUUUUUAUAAUUUAAAUUAUAAAAAGAAUUUUUUGGAAUUUAAUAUUGAAUAUGAAACUUAAUUGUGAUUCAAGAUAAAAGAUAAAUUUAGAAAUGUAUUUUUUAUACAUUAAAUAAUAAGUUUGUAUACGUAUUAUUAUGUACAGUUUAGGUGAUAAUUUCAAAAUCGAUAAACUUUUUUUAAUUAAUAACGAUCACUCGGAACCUUCGUAAAUAAAAUAACGAACAAUAAUGUGCCAUUCCUUAUAAACGCUGUAUUAUGAGGCGUUUUUGUGAGGACGACUUCAAUGAAUAUUUUUUAUAAUAAUUACACGUGUACAUAUACAUUUUUAUCUUUAAUAUUUACAAUGGAUAUACUCUGAUUGUAUUGAACUUUCAUGGAAUAAUAAUCAUUGUAAUAAUAACAAGGUAUCAUUGUAAUCCUUGAUAAAAGAAAACUAUUUUAUGUGUAAUUUUGACGUAAAACAAUAUCACACGACUUACUGAAAAAGUGAUUUCUCAAAAAAAGUAAUCUAAAAUCUGUAUUCUACUACAAUACUUUUCAUUAAAAACGUUAAAAAAGUUGAUUAUCAUAUAUCUUUAUCGAGUUAAGUAUGUACAAUAUACUACAAUCCAUCUGUAAAUAUUUGAUUUGAAUAAAAAUUGCAAUCA